GCCGGCAUUCUGUCGCAUCGCGUUCUCAUGUGAAAAUCGUCGCAGCUCGUUUCGUUCCGUGUUUUUCGCCACUCGAGCGGGAAAAAACAAAAAUAUUUCUACCGUCAACACAAUAAAUUAAUUGAAAUUGAUUUUUCAAGAAAUAGUUCUAGAAGAGCUAUAACUUAAGGAAAUAUUUUUUGUUCAAACAAAUGUCAAGUGCAACCAUUGUGAAAUCAAUCUAAAGUGUGUGUGUGUGUGUGUGUGUGUGUCUGUGUCAUACGAAUAAAAACUAUUAUUAAAAAUAAUAGAUACGCAGAGAGAAAGAGAGAGAUAGAACCAGGCAGAGGGAGAAAGAGCGAGAGGUCCGGAGAUCUCUCGAGCACCUCUGUCCAGCGGCGCCAAAGUUACGGAUCCACUUUCAAACAGUUUAAUUUAUUUUUAUUUUUCUACAAAACAACAAACCCAAGAAAGAAAAAUACGAAACAGCAAAAACCCAAAACUGCAAAACCAAAAAAAACGAUCUUAUUUCUAAGCAGCAACCAAUUCUGAGAAUAAGAAAAGGUAUUCAACAAAAGGCUGAAAGGAAGAAAAGAGUUAUUCAUCAGGAAAAAAGGAUAAUUCAAUUGAUUUGGCACAUAAUAAUGUAUUUGUUUUGAUUUAUAUAUAGAAAGUAUUCCAAAUUCUUCAUGUAACAAUAUUUCAAAAAAGCACGCAAAGCCUUUGUCUCUGCUAAUUCGAUAUACAUAAUCAUAUGUUUGUAAAACAAGAACCAGAUCGCAAAUGCCAGUGAAAAUUUCCAUUGCAAAAUUCUUAAAAACUAAAAAACACGGAAGGCCUUUGUACCGGUCGAUUCCACUUGAAAAAUUUCUAUAGCGUCACAAAAAACUUAUUAUACAAAAUUAAUUGAACUGAAAGAAAGCGCAAAUAUACAACUAUAUAUACAAUGCCUUUUCUUAUUCCUUAUCAUCACGAUCAUCACUAAAAAAUAAUGGAGACUAAAUAAAAAUCAUACAAAAAUAGAUGCAAACAAAGUUCAUUCCCGACCACACGAAAACAAGCGAACCCCAUUAUCAGUCACUAUCAGAAUCGCUUCCACAAACGGAAAACUGAACACUAAACACUGAUUCACUGCCAACAUUUUUUAACCCACUAUCACCUGUUCAUUAGCAACAACGAAUUGGCUAUCAAUUGGCUGACAAAAAAUAAAUAAAAAGAACAAGGAAAAUACCUGCAACACAAAAGUGCUUCAAACUAAUCCGGGUUUUUCAAAACGAAAGCACUCUAUUUCCAGAUAGCACACACAAAAGCGUUUAUGCUUUAAGAAUACAAAAAAAAAACGAAAAUAACUAAAGUGAACCAAGUGUAAAGACAAUGCGCACAACUUUCGGCCGUGGCCCAAGGUUUAUACUGCUGACCAGCAAGUUCAACCACGUUCAGCACAAGGAGGUGAUCACUUAGGCUCCUCGGGAUUGCCAAAACACUCAAAAUACGAAACCAGUGAAGGAUUUACCAGUGAUCGGAACCAGUCAUAGAAUCAGUCAUAGAAUCAGUUAUAGAACCAGUUAUAGAACCAGUUGUAGAAUCAGUUGCAGAAUCAGUUGCAGAAUCAGUUUUAGAACCAGUGAUCAUGUCGUCGGAUACGAAUUCGUGCACCAGCUUCUUUGCCCAGGAGCACGCGAAUGCCACACUGUCGCAGUAUUUCCAGCAACUCAACUCGCAGGUUGCUGCUGCAGCGGCGGUAAACAGUGCUGGCAACAACAACAACAACAACAGCAGCAGCAGCAACAACAACAACAGCAGCGGCAACAACAGCAGCAGCGGCAACAGCGACAGUGGCAAUGAUGGCAGCAUGACGGGAUCCUCGGGAACCAUGGACAACCAUCGCAGCAGUGUCAGCAGCAAUGAUUCGGGAAAGAGCAGUGCAGGCGGUGGCGGUGGGGCAAGUGCCACCAGCAACAACAACGUGAAUGCCUGGGCAUUGCAGCAGCAACAGCAGACAGCCGCUCUGCACCACCAGCAACAGCAGCAGCAACAUCAGCAGCAACAACACCAGCAGCACAUACAGCAGCAGCAUCAGGCACACCAGCAGCAUGUUGCCUCCGUCCUGCAGCAGCAGCAGCAACAGCAACAGCAGCAGCAGCAACAGCAGCACUCCCAACAUCACGCCCAGCAGCAACAUCAUGGCCAUCCGCUGCAUCCGCAUCAUACACACCAGCAACAACAGCAGCAGCAGCAGCAGCAACACCACCAGCAGCACCAGCAACAGCAACAUGCACAGCAGCAACAUCAUGCCGCCCAGCUGGCCCACACACUUUCUUCGGCCGCCGCUGCAGCUGCUGCCGGCAACACCAAUGGCAACACCAACACCCACUCCAUUUUCGGCACCGGCAACUUCCACUACAAGACGAACAACUCGUGGACCCUGCCCACGCUGACGUACCAGCGGAUUUACCAGGAGAAUCCCCAUUACCAGCGCAACUCCUUCAUGGACCCCCAGAGCAAUGCGGCAGCAGCAGCUGCAGUUGCGAGUGGCAACCAGGGAUCGAAUGGGAAUGCCAGUGGCAACAAUAGUGCCGCUGUUUCAGGGAAUGGCAAUGGAAAUCCUGGCCAGAAUAAUGACAGCACCAACAACAGCAGCAACAGCAAUGUAUCCUCCGUGCAACAUGUGGCAAACGCCGUGGCAGCAGCUGUGAUCGCCAACGAGCAUCACAACCAUUUGAACAGCUUGAAAUCCCGCUUUCAGCCAGCCAGCUCAGGCAGGAAAUCUCCAUUUUUGGGUUUCAUUUGCAAAGCAAACGGCAAAUCCACAUCGAAUAGCAAAGAAAUCAUCUGCCCGGAUGACAAAUACAAGGAGGAGGGCGACAUCUGGAAUGUCGAGGCGCAAACGGCGUUUCUGGGCCCAAACCUGUGGGACAAGACCCUGCCCUACGAUGCCGACCUCAAGGUAACACAAUAUGCCGACCUAGACGAGUUCCUGUCGGAGAACAACAUACCUGAUGGCCUGCCCGGCACGCAUCUGGGUCACUCGAGUGGCCUGGGUCACCGGUCCGACUCCCUGGGUCACGCAGCGGGUCUGUCGCUGGGCCUGGGCCACAUAACCACAAAGCGGGAGCGGUCGCCCUCGCCAUCCGACUGCAUCAGUCCGGACACGCUAAAUCCGCCAUCGCCGGCCGAGUCAACCUUUUCGUUCGCCUCCUCGGGCCGUGACUUUGAUCCGCGAACUCGAGCCUUCUCCGACGAGGAGCUCAAGCCGCAGCCGAUGAUCAAAAAGUCACGCAAGCAAUUCGUUCCAGAUGAGCUCAAGGACGACAAGUACUGGGCCCGUCGCCGGAAGAACAACAUUGCCGCCAAGCGAUCCCGCGAUGCCCGGCGCCAGAAGGAGAACCAGAUCGCGAUGCGGGCACGCUACUUGGAGAAGGAGAAUGCAACAUUACAUCAGGAGGUGGAACAGUUGAAACAGGAGAACAUGGACUUGCGUGCACGUCUAUCGAAAUUCCAAGAUGUGUAAUGAUAAAUACAAUUUUGUGACUUGGCCUGAGGACACCACAACAAUUAAAUAAUAAUAACUAUUGAUAAAAAUAACAAUAAUCAUAACUAUGAUAAAAACAACUACUAAUAAUGUUUAGUACAGCAGACAUGAAACCUACACUAUAAAGUACAUAUUGUAUCUUAAAAAUAUGUAUAUGCAAAAAUAUAAUUGUUAAGCAAACACACACAUAAACACCAACUCACACACACACACAAGAAACCCCUCACGGCGUCGUGCUCCGCUUAAAUAUUUAUUUUAUGCUAAAACUAAAAGCAAAUUAACUAAACACAAAGGAGGAGAAACCGAAACCGAAUGGAAACUAAACAUUUUUUAGAGUAGCCAAAAAAGAAAGUAAAGCUCUGCAGCCGAAGCUUUUUGCCUUUAAGAGUAGCAUACUUCCGAGCGCAAUGGGAAUCCUAAAAACAACACACAGACCUAGAAUUGUUAUCUUUUAAAUUGUUUAAUAGUUGUCUAGCCUAGUUUUACGAAAAAAAACCUCCCCCUUCUUCGCCUUCUUCUGCUACUUUUCUCCCCUCUCCCAACUAUUUUAAUUUCUAUUACCUUUUUGUAAUUAGUUUUUCGGUUAAGAUUUUCUUUAGCCAUUAGUGAAAGGAAAACCCCACACACACACACAACCAAUCAUAUUGUAAAUAAUUUCGUUGCCUUUUUUCAAAUUAACUCGGGAGAAGAAUUACCAUAAAAAGCAUAAGAAAACUUGUAUAAAAAAUUGCAAAAUGAAAACCCACAAAAAAAAAGAGAAAAUUAAAGAGAAACGCUAAGAAAGAAAACCAUUUAGAAUGAGCAAAGAACUUCCCUCCUCAGUUGCCGGGCACUUGGCAGCUGGUUAGUUUAAGUGAGCUAUGAUUUUUAUAUAAACCUAAUGGAAAAAAUAUCAGAAAACCCCAAAAAAAAAACUUAAAAACCAAACGGACAGACGGUGGACAGACGAACGUGCAAAACUAGAAGUGAAAUAGUUUUCGUUGUUGAUUUGUUGAUACUAAAAUAACCGACCCAAAACUAACCCAGACAUAGUCAGCUGGUUAAAGCGAGAGAACUACUUUUCGUACUACCCACUAACGGAAACCCACACACAGACCAUUUCCCCGGAAAACCACUCUUCAUGCCGCGCUAUCCCCCCACAUAUUUUCACAUUUUUCUUUUAGUUGUACAAACUUUAUUCGUAUAUCUUUUAUUACAAGAAAAACUAUUUCUUUUGGUGUGAUUUGCAAGAUCUUAAAACAAAGAAUUAAAAAAAAAAACAGAACAUUUUUACAUAAUACCGUACAAUUAUGUUACUUUAAACAAAAACUAUUUUCGUUAGUUAAGUUUUAUUAAUUAUUAUUAUUUGUUAUACAUUUGAGUUACAUUUACCUGCAUACAAUUAUCUAGAAACUUAAGAAAAUAUAUGAAAAACUACAGAAAAAAGUGACCGACCGAAAGCAAAAUUCAUAUUUUAUAUUCAGCAAACGAAAUCGAAGCUACAAACGAGAGUUAAUUAAGUUCAUUAAGCACUUCUUCUUAACAAAUUUCGAUAAGUCUUAUUUAUUCUAUGGAAAAAUGUGCAAAACCAACAAAAAAGCAGAACGAAACCACAAAAGCAAAGAUCGAUAAAGGAGAAGAGUGAGCGUGACGAAAAAGUGAGAAAGCAAACUACAAAAAAUUGUGUGUAAUAAUAAAAGUCUAAGCGUUGCUUUUAACUAUUGAAAACUCGUUUAUUUUCUAUCAAUCCCAUCCCCUACCCCUCGCCACAUAGCUCAUUGUUAGUAACUAUCUGAUAGACGCCACACAAGGAUCUCAAGACAGAGUUAAAGAAAUAAACCUAAAGCCGUAACCGUAACCGCAACCGAAAUCGAAACCGAAACUAACCCUAACGAUAGAUGCAAGAACUACACAAACUAAAUAGUAAUCUACUUAGCAAUAUUUAGCAAUAUAGAUGUUUAGCCACCCCCUGAUUUUUAUUUUGGUUCCCCUAACCGAACCCCGAAAACAAGAAAACUAACCUAAAAGCCUUUUGCACUGCUAUGAGACCACCUAGAGAAAACAACCACAAAAUAAUGUUAAAGAUGAAGAACGAAACCCACAAAUAACCCAACAAAAAAAAUAAGAAAAAAUGUCGGGUGUCAUUUUGCAAGAUGAAAUUUUUUGAGCUUCGGUUGUUGAAUGAAUUCACACAAGUAUAUACGAUAAACUUAAAAUUUAUGGAUAACUCAAAAUAGCGGACUAUACGACUAAGCAGAUUCAAGCAAUUGCUACAUAUUUGUACGACAAAAAAAUCAUGUUAUAUUUAUAUAAAAAUAUUUAUACCUAAGUAACAUAAAAAAUUGCGCGUAGAGGUGAAAACAAAUUAAGGCGAUAUUUUGCUUACUUACUCGACCUGGGCUUCAGUUGACCUUGAGCAGUAGACCUCACCUCCCCUUACACGACCCUAGUUAAGCGUAGUUUUGUAUAUUUUUAACAACUAUUGUUUUCCGUAGUUUGUAGUUGAAUUUUUGUAGACAAUUUUUGGUUAAUGUAGAGCAUUGUUGAAUAAAAAAAACGAGAAUAAA